AACCAGAAAACCUUUCUCUGGUCUUCAAUUCGUCGGGCUUCAAGUUCCGCAGUCUCGGUGCAAGUCAAGCGAGCAUCCCGUCGAUCAGAGCAAGAUGGAACCUCCGUCGGUCAUGGAGGAAGACGAUGACUAUGUCGAAUACAUCCCGGUGAAGAAGCGCCGUCUCAUGGAAGCUCAGAAGAUCCUCCAACGCAAGGGCAAGUCGUCAGCGCUCGAAGACGAAACCGAGCGGGCCAAACUUGCCGAAGCCAAACCCAGCCUCCUUGUCAAGGCUUCCCAACUGAAGCGUGACCUCCCUGAGAUUAGCCCUACCGAGCAGCUCGUCCAACAGGAGAAGGAGAUGAUCGAACACCUCUCCGACCGAAAAACCCUAAUGUCGGUACGCGAGCUCGCAAAGGGCAUUACGUAUACGGAACCGCUGGUGACGGGAUGGAAGCCUCCGUUGCAUAUUCGACGGAUACCGCAGAAGGAGUGUGACUCGAUCCGGAAGCAGUGGCAUAUACUUGUCGACGGCGAAGAUGUUCCGCCGCCAAUUAAGAAUUUCAAGGAUAUGCGGUUGCCGGAGCCGAUUCUGAAGAAGUUGAAGGCUAAGGGAAUCGUGCAGCCCACGCCUAUUCAGGUUCAAGGGCUUCCGGUGAUAUUGUCGGGGAGAGACAUGAUUGGGAUUGCCUUCACGGGUUCUGGGAAGACAUUGGUUUUUGUCCUGCCAUUGAUUAUGGCGGCUUUGCAGGAAGAGGUGACGAUGCCGAUUGUUCCCGGAGAAGGGCCUUUUGGGUUGGUGAUUUGCCCGUCAAGAGAGCUCGCUAGACAGACGUAUGAGGUUGUUGAGCAGUUUUUGAUUCCACUGAAGGAGUCUGGGUAUCCGGAGUUGAGACCAUUGCUUUGUAUCGGUGGUGUCGAUAUGCGGUCGCAGCUGGAGGUUGUGAAGAAGGGAGUACAUAUUGUUGUUGCCACGCCUGGGAGGUUGAAGGAUAUGCUUGCCAAGAAGAAGAUGAAUCUCGAUAAUUGCAGGUAUCUGACAUUGGAUGAAGCAGAUAGAUUAGUGGACUUAGGUUUUGAAGAUGACAUAAGGGAGGUAUUUGACCAUUUUAAAGCUCAAAGACAAACUCUUCUUUUCUCUGCCACCAUGCCAACAAAGAUCCAGAAUUUUGCAAGGAGUGCUUUGGUGAAACCUGUCACAGUUAAUGUUGGAAGGGCAGGAGCUGCAAACUUAGAUGUCAUACAAGAAGUGGAGUAUGUGAAACAAGAGGCUAAAAUAGUUUAUUUACUUGAAUGCCUACAAAAGACACCGCCUCCUGUCUUGAUAUUUUGUGAGAAUAAAGCUGAUGUGGAUGAUAUCCAUGAAUAUCUCCUGCUGAAAGGAGUUGAAGCAGUUGCCAUACAUGGCGGCAAGGACCAAGAAGAAAGAGAAUAUGCAAUUGCAUCUUUCAAAGCAGGGAAGAAGGAUGUCUUGGUAGCAACUGAUGUCGCUUCGAAGGGUUUGGAUUUUCCCGAUAUUCAGCAUGUCAUCAAUUAUGACAUGCCUGCAGAAAUUGAGAACUAUGUCCAUAGGAUUGGACGAACAGGAAGAUGUGGAAAGACAGGAAUAGCAACUACAUUUAUAAACAAGAACCAAAGCGAGACCACACUUCUGGACCUGAAGCACCUAUUGCAAGAAGCCAAGCAGAGGAUCCCUCCAGUGCUGGCUGAACUUAAUGAUCCAAUGGAAGAUAUCGAUGCCAUCACUAAUGCCAGUGGAGUGAAGGGUUGUGCAUAUUGUGGUGGGCUUGGCCAUCGUAUCCGUGACUGUCCAAAAUUGGAGCACCAGAAGAGUAUGGCGAUUGCCAAUUCAAGGAGAGACUAUUUUGGUUCAGGGGGCUACCGAGGAGAAAUCUGAUCUCUGUGUUUUGUAUGUCUGGAUGUGCAAGCCUAUUUUUCAAUCAGGGGAUAUACUAUUACUGAAACUUUGUAACUUGUAUGGCAAUGUAAUAAUUCUAUUUUUUUUUAUUGUUAGAAGUAUCCGGCCUUAGGUUGUGCUUACAUUCUAAUUGGUCUCAUGAGGUCAUGAUACUGCACUUUGGAAUAUCCAGUAAGAAGGCAUUCUAAUAAUAUCUAAUUCAAUCUUCUUUUUCUUGUUGAAA